AUGAGUAUGACUCGCGAUGCUGUCGCGGAUGCUUCGUUCGCCGUAUCAUCGGUUCCGGAGCGUCCUGCUCCACGGCCUGGAGCUGCCCCUACACCAAAGACACAACCGCUAAACCCAAAGGCAGCUUCAGGUUGGAAUACCAAUGACUUGGGACUGCGAGUAGGCGCGGACGUGGUCAGCGCCAUGUCUGCCGGCGCGCUGACAUGUCCAUUGAUUACUAUCAUUGACCGGUGA